UUCCUUACUAACUUCCGCUCGGAACCCUAUACACGCAGUGGUGUUACUACUCGGAGGUUAGACCCAGACGCUCCAGUCCAGUGGAAAAACGAUGGCUGCUAUUUUAUGCAGAGCCAGAAAAGCCCUAACCCUAAGGUCUCUGAGAUGUUUGCACUCAGUCUACCAGAUGGCUGAACUGCCCGAAACUCACCAAAUGCUGCGUCAGACGUGCCGAGACUUUGCAGAGAAGGAGCUUGCCCCCAUAGCUUCGCAGCUGGAUAAGGAGCACCGGUUUCCCGCCGAACAGGUUCAAAAACUUGGAGCCAUGGGGCUGAUGGCUGUGGAGGUGCCAGAGCAGUUUGGAGGUGCCGGCCUGGACUAUCUGGCUUAUGCUAUUGGACUGGAGGAGAUCAGCAGAGGUUGUGCAUCCACUGGAGUCAUCACAAGUGUUAACAAUUCGCUGUACCUGGGUCCAGUCCUGAAGUUUGGCACGGAAGAACAGAAGCACAAAUGGAUCACUCCUUUCACUACAGGACAGAAGGUGGGCUGCUUUGCACUCAGUGAACCAGGGAAUGGCAGUGAUGCAGGAGCAGCUUCCACAGUCGCACGCCUAGAGGGGGAUCACUGGGUUCUAAAUGGAACAAAGGCCUGGAUCACAAAUGCCUGGGAUGCCUCUGCCGCGGUUGUCUUUGCCACUACUGACAAGACUCUCAAACACAAGGGUAUCAGUGCCUUCGUUGUUCCCAUACCCACCCCUGGUCUCUCUCUGGGCAAGAAGGAAGAUAAGCUCGGCAUUCGUGCUUCAUCUACUGCAAACUUGAUCUUUGAGGACUGCCGUGUACCCAAGAGCAACUUGCUUGGAGAGCUUGGCAUGGGCUUCAAGAUUGCCAUGCAAACUCUGGACUGUGGGCGCAUUGGCAUUGCAGCACAGGCACUGGGUAUCGGUCAGGCUGCACUGGACUGUGCUGUUGAUUAUGCAGAGAAGAGGACUGCAUUUGGGGCACCAAUUUCUAAGAUGCAAGCUAUACAGUUUAAGAUUGCUGACAUGGCCCUGGCCCUGGAAAGUGCACGUCUUCUAACCUGGAGAGCUGCCAUGCUAAAAGACAACAAAUCACCUUUCACAAAAGAGGCAGCAAUGGCAAAACUCUCAGCUUCAGAGGCAGCAACAUUAAUUUCUCAUCAGUCCAUUCAGAUUUUGGGAGGAAUGGGUUACGUGACGGAUAUGCCAGCUGAAAGACAUUACAGAGAUGCACGUAUUACCGAGAUCUAUGAAGGCACGAGUGAAAUCCAGCGAUUGGUCAUUUCUAGCCAGAUCCUGAAAGAAUACAGAGGAUAAGGCUUGGAGACGGUGUGGAUAUUGUGUGACAUUUGGCAAAUACUGCACAGGAAGAUCCUGCACACAUCUGAUGCAUGUUUGUAUUAAAUGAUUUUUUGGAAAGUGCCUGAUUGCACAGAAGAUGGCCAGUAUCUAAAUAUGUUCAUUUACUGAAACGGGUAUUUUGUGAAUGAGCUUCCCAAUCAUGCAUUUACUGAAAAGUUACCAUUUUGGGCUGUUAUUUUUCCAAUUGCAAAGCAAACAUUUUGCUGUAGGGCAGCAUUUGUUAAAAAUAAACUUUUUGGACCACUCUA